AUGGCGUCAAUGAAACAGGAUAAUCUCUUUAGUAGUAGUAGUAAUUACUACGGCGAGGACGUCGCUUCUUCCUCUUCCCCUAGAAUGGAGGCCGUCGACAUCCUCGCCAGCUGCUACCUCGUCCCUUCGACGGGACUUCCAUCGCCGCCAUCAAGCCCCCCCCUCGCGGCCCUCGACACGUCGACCAACCAGCUGGCCGUGACUGCCAAGGCGAACAAGUCAUCUGCUGGAAACAACAGACGUGCCACGGGUACUAACCGGUCGCCACGAGGGGGGGCAACACUACGCAUCAGGGAAGAAUGUGAGAGGUUCUUUUGCGAGACAUUGCGCGCCGUGCUUCUAGGUGAGAAGAACUCGGCGAUGCAGGGCUCGGGCCUGGCUAGUGUUUACAAUGACAACCACCAUCAUUCCGUCAACAACAACAACGGCAAUCACACUCCUUUGCCAACUCCGCCAUACGACGACUGUCCAAUCGGGGAUGAACACCUGAUGAGUCGUCACGGUUUCGUCGAUGCUCGCAGUGUUGUCGCCGGAAACGGAUCGCAGCAACACUCGCGCGUCGACUCCUGGAUCGAGCUAUGGGAUUACGUCGGCGGCACCAGCUUCCGCGGCGUCGUCGCUGAGGAUAUGGAAACUGGGGAGAAGACGUUGAUGAUCUUUUUCGACGGGCAGAGUGUGGAGGGAAGGGAUUUGAAGAAGGCUCUCGUAGCCCUCAUCGAACUCGCCGACGGUCCCCUCGCCUGCUCCCACAUGGUCAUCUGCCUCGACCGCACCAUCUCCGACGAGGAAGCAGUGCCCUUGAUGAAGGGACUGCAGUGGGCUGGCUUUUCCAUGACCACUUUCGACUUUUGGUCCGGUGGAAAGAUUUGUGACGUGACAAGUGGGAGGUGGUUGUUUAUGGGGAUGGAGAUGUGA